AUGCGUAAAGCAUCGGAGCUGGCAUUGCUGCAACUGAAUGCAGAGCUGGAAGCUAAGGUGGAAGCACGUACCCAAUCGCUGCGGGAAGCGCUGGAGCGGGAGAAAGAUCUGAGUGAGCUGAAGUCGCGGUUUGUAUCUAUGGCAUCUCAUGAGUUUCGUACGCCGCUCAGUACCAUUCUUUCGUCUGCUUACCUGGUGUCUCAAUAUCCGGGUGCAGACGAUCAUCCCCGCCGUGAAAAACAUGUGCAGCGCAUCGUUUCGUCCGUGAAUGUAUUGACCGAUAUACUCAAUGAUUUUUUAUCGGUGGGGCGCAUUGAAGAAGGCAAGAUCCAUGUACGGCCCGCCCAGGUGGUGAUUACGGAAUGGAUGAAAGCUAUGGUGAGCGAGUUGGAAACCAUUCUGAAAAAAGGACAGCAAUUACAGUAUGUGCAUGAAGGCGAUGCGGAAGUGUUGCUGGAUCAAUCGCUGUUAAGGCAUAUUGUUCAAAACCUGGUAUCCAAUGCCGUUAAGUUUUCUCCCGAUGAUUCGGUGAUCUAUUUGUCUACCCAACGGAAAGACAAUGAACUGAUACUUACGGUUCGCGACAGUGGUAUCGGCAUUCCGCCGGAAGAUCAGAAACAUUUGUUUGAACGUUUUUUUCGUGCCGCCUUGACCAACACCUGGAUGAAGACCAUACUACUUAUUGAAGACAACCCGGAUAUUCGCGAAAAUAUGGGUGAGAUCCUGGAACUCGCCAAUUAUAAAGUAUUAUUAGCACCCGAUGGAAAACAGGGCGUAUCGAUGGCACUGGCGCAGAAACCGGACAUUAUUGUCUGUGAUAUUAUGAUGCCCGAGCUGGAUGGUUACGGUGUGAUACACCUUCUGCAAAAGCAUGAGGAUAUGAAGCGCGUCCCCUUUAUUUUUAUCACUGCUAAAACAGAGCGCGCAGAAAUAAGGAAGGGCAUGGAGCUGGGGGCUGAUGACUAUAUCACCAAGCCUUUUACCGGUACCGAGUUGCUGAACGCUAUUGAAGGCCGGUUAAAAAAAGCAGCCGUUGAAAAAUCCGGUCAGCAUGCCGAACAGCGUGAUACCGAAAAGGAGCAGGACAUACUGGCGGUUUUCCGCGAAAAGCAGGACGUCAGCAAUUACCGCAAGAAGCAGCUGAUCUAUAGUGAGGGGCAACAUGCGUUCCGGUUAUUUUACGUGGAGCAGGGCAAGGUGAAGAUCUUUAAAACCAAUGACGAUGGCAAGGACCUGAUCACCAGGGUAUGCCAGGAAGGAGAGUUUUUUGGUUAUACGGCUUUGCUGGAAGUAUCCCACGCGAAGCCUUCGAACAAUUGA